GGUCCUCCGGGGACUGGCAAAUCGAGUCUCAUUGCCGCCAUGGCGAAUUAUCUUAAUUAUGACAUCUAUGACUUAGAUCUCACUGCUGUUAGUACUAAUAAGGACUUGAAGAAUCUGAUCCUUGGCAUGUCCAACCGUUCCAUACUUGUAAUGGAGGAUAUUGAUUGCACUAUAAAGCUUCCCAACAGAGAAGAAGAAAAAGAAGAUAAUAAUAAUAAUAAUAAGGAAGCAGAUAAAAGUGAAGAUAGCAAGGUGACACUUUCAGGGCUGUUGAAUGCAAUAGAUGGUCUAUGGUCAUGCUGCGGUGAGGAAAGAAUCAUAGUAUUGACAACAAAUCACAAAGAGAAGCUUGAUCCUGCUCUUAUAAGAGCUGGAAGAAUGGACAUGCACAUUCACUUGUCAUACUGUACCUUUUCUGCCUUUCAGCAAUUGGCAUUCAACUACCUUGGCAUCUCACAACACAAACUUUUUGAAGAGAUUCAAGGGCUGCUAGGAAAAGUCCAGGUUACCCCUGCAGAAAUCUCAGGAGAGCUAACAAAGAACAUCAAUUCCAAAGAACCCUUACAAGAACUUGUGAGAUUCUUGCACAGCAAGGAUAUGGUGCAAGAACCACAAGAAAUUUCCGUAUGUUCUUGAAGCACAUUUAAUACGUACUUUAGAAAUAUGCACAACUAUCAUUUUAAUGGAGAAUUUCUCUUUACUUUUAUGGAUUUAUUAUUUCAUAUUUGGAAGAUCUUUGUAUCAGA